AAAAAACAAAACAAAACAAUUUGAAAGAUUUGAAAAGAAGUUUUUAAAAUUUAAAAAGUCCAUAAAUAUUGUUUAGCUGAAUCUUUUAAAAUUUUUCAGCUUAAAAAUCUGAAAACUAAACAUAUUUUAAUGUAAAUAUAAUAAUUAAAGUUCCAAUUUUGCGAUAAAUUAAUUAAUUAAGAAAAAUCUUCUAUAACGAUUAACACAUCGUUUCUCAAUGAGAGGUUUUGUUUUAUUUUUGUUAAAUAUUUCUAUGAUUUUGUUUUAGCCAUUUAUUGAUAUAUUGAUUGAUCGACGUUAUAUACAAUCAGGCAAAAAACAUUUUCAAUAUAAAAAAAAAUAAAAAUAAAAAUAAAAUAAAUCUUAUUUAGGUAAAGCCGCAAUUCCAUAUACAAUGAUUGUAUCAUCUAUUAUUAUAUGGAUGAGUCUUUUGUGGUUACAACCACAUAAAGAAGAUCGUUUUGUUUUUCCCAUUUAUCCAUUAAUUAUUCUUAGUGCUUCAAUUAGUAUUAAUCAAAUAGAAAAUUUAAUUCCACGUCUUGUUCGUUUAAUAAAAUUAAAACGUGAUUCAGUUUUAUUUGUUCGUCGUUUAUUUCUUUAUUCAAUAAUAAUUGUUCAUGCUUUAUUAUCUAUAUCACGAACAUUUGCUAUUGUUGAUGGUUAUUCAGCACCAAUUCGUCUUUUAACUCAUUCUAAUACAACAAGCAUAUUUGAAAAAUCAUCAGAUCAACAUAUAAAUGUUUGUAUUGGAAAAGAUUGGUAUCGAUUUCCAUCACAUUUUUUAUUACCAGAAAAAUCCCAUUUAGUAUUUCUUCGUUCAGAGUUUACAGGUCAAUUACCAAAAGCGUAUAGUCACUUGAAAAAUGCAACUCGAUUAAUAGAGAAUCAUUUUAAUGAUGAAAAUAAAGAAGAAAUUGAUCGAUAUGUUAAUAUAAAUCAAUGCGAUUAUAUCAUCGAUCACGACAGUGAAAAUCCCAGUGAAAUUCAACCAAAUUAUAGUCAACAAUUUCAAAUAAUAACAUCUAUAAAAAUGAUUUUACCAUCAAGGCGAUCAAUAUUUCGUUCGUUUUAUGUUCCUUUUUUGAGUGUUCGGUCGAAUCGAUAUACUUUCUUACAUUUGUUAAAGUCUCCUAAAUUUGUUGAUGUUUCGAAUGAAUAA